GCAUAGUGGAAAUGAUGCCGGAGAGAACAUCUUGAAUGAAGUCAGGAAGUCAGCGGGCCAGAGGUUGCACAGGGGUUCUGCGGUUGGCGUGGCUGAGGUUGAGACCACAAGUUACUGAGGAAAAUUGUUGACAGGAGCUUUGUACUCGGCUCACAACCACGCACAGUGAGCUUCCUCCCAGUACCGCCCCCCACGGCCCCUGGGCCUAACCCUGCCCUGGAGGCGGACUCGCGGGAGAGGCGGGAGGCUGAACGCCCGAAGGCGCCCCCGGCUGGCGCGGAGCUGCGCAGGAGGCUGACGCGCUGGCGUGGCUCUGAGACGCGUCACCCGCGCUGCGCGCAAGCCAUGGCGGGAAGCGAGCCGCGCAGCGGAACUAGCUCGCCGCCGCCGCCCUUCAGCGACUGGGGCCGCCUGGAGGCGGCCAUCCUCAGCGGCUGGAAGACCUUCUGGCAGUCAGUGAGCAAGGAGAGGGUGGCGCGUACGACCUCGCGGGAGGAGGUGGAUGAGGCGGCCAGCACCCUGACGCGGCUGCCGAUUGAUGUACAGCUAUAUAUUUUGUCCUUUCUUUCACCUCAUGAUCUGUGUCAGUUGGGAAGUACAAAUCAUUAUUGGAAUGAAACUGUAAGAGAUCCAAUUCUGUGGAGAUACUUUCUGUUGAGGGAUCUUCCUUCUUGGUCUUCUGUUGACUGGAAGUCUCUUCCAGAUCUAGAAAUCUUAAAAAAGCCUAUAUCUGAGGUCACUGAUGGUGCAUUUUUUGACUACAUGGCAGUCUAUAGAAUGUGCUGUCCAUAUACAAGAAGAGCUUCAAAAUCCAGCCGUCCUAUGUAUGGAGCUGUCACUUCUUUUUUACACUCCCUGAUCAUUCAGAAUGAACCACGAUUUGCUAUGUUUGGACCAGGUUUGGAAGAAUUGAAUACCUCUUUGGUGUUGAGCUUGAUGUCUUCAGAGGAACUUUGCCCAACAGCUGGUUUGCCUCAGAGGCAGAUUGAUGGUAUUGGAUCAGGAGUCAAUUUUCAGUUGAACAACCAACAUAAAUUCAACAUUCUAAUCUUAUAUUCAACUACCAGAAAGGAAAGAGAUAGAGCAAGGGAAGAGCAUACAAGUGCAGUUAACAAGAUGUUCAGUCGACAGAAUGAAGGUGAUGAUCAACAAGGAAGCCGGUACAGUGUGAUUCCACAGAUUCAAAAAGUGUGUGAAGUUGUAGAUGGGUUCAUCUAUGUUGCAAAUGCUGAAGCUCAUAAAAAAGCAUCCUGCCCUGAGUUCCACAGUUGGGAGGAAAUGCAUUCUGCUAACAACCACAUGAGCUUGGAAGAGGAACCUGAGCCUCAGAUGAAACGAGCUCUGGCUGACUCCUUGAUUGCAACUUUGUAAGAUCCUGAGCACAGCACACGUUGAAGCUGAGGCUGGACAGUGGGUGUUGUUUUAAGCCACUAAGUUUGUGAUAAUUUGUUACCUAGCAGCAGAAAACUAAUACACCUCCCUUUUGUAAGAUGUACCCGAUCUACCCUCUCUGUCCCUUCUCGCCACUUUGUUUUUCUUCAUAGCCCAUAUCCCUUUUAUAUUUCAAAUAAUUUAAUAUGUGUGUGUGUGUUUUCAUUGUCUUUCCCCACUAUGGUAUAAGCUUCAUAAGUGUAACUAUUUUGGUCUUGUUUGUUUACUGCUCUGUCCGCACUGUUUAGAAGAGAACCUGGAACAUAAUAAACACUUAAUAUGUAUUUGUUCAACAAAUGAAUAAUAAUAUUUUUGUGACUUCUUUGUUUUCUCUGUCACUCAACUGACUUCCAUAUUUCCAAGUUUCCCACAAAAGAUUUUUUUUAUUUUUUCAAUUUUUAUCUUAAGAGGAACUUACCUCUCAGCAAAAGAGAAAAUUAUGUCAGUCAAUACCUUAACAAUGGAGGUUUACAAUAGAUGCAGAAAAAGCCUUUGAGAAAAUCAAAUAUCCAUGCAUGAUAAAACUCUCAGUAAAUUAGGAAUACAGGGAAGCUUCCUCAACUUUAUAAAGAAUAUCUACCAAAUAACCCCACAGCUAACAUCAUACUUAAUAGUAAGAAACUUAGAUUUUCCACUAAGAUCAGGAACAAGGCAAGGAUGGUCCCUCUCCCUACUGCUUUUCAAUAUUAUAUUGGAAGUCCUAGCUGCUGUGAAAGACAAGAAAAGAAAAUGUGUAUAGAUUGAGAUGGAAGAAAUAAAACUGUGUGCAGAUGGCAUAAUUGUGUAUUUAGAAAAUUGGAAAGAAUCAACAAAAAAAAAAUGUUGGAACCGGUAAGUGAUUAUAGCAAGGUUGCAAGAUGCAAGGGUAUCAUAAAAUUUCAAUUGCUUUUCUGUGUACCAACAAUGAACAGGUGGAAUUUGAGAUUAAAAAGAAUACAAUUUCAUUAGUAUCUUCCAAAAAUAAAAUACUUAGAUAUAAUUCUAAUAAAUAUGUACAAGAUUUAUAUGAGGAAAACUAUAAAACUCUAAUAAAAGAAUCAAAGAACUAAGUAAAUAGAUACUCUGUGUUCAUGAAUAAUAAGAUUCGAUAUUGUCAAAAUGUCAGUUCUUGCCAACUUGAUCUAUAAAUUUAAUGCAAUACUAGUCAAAAUCCCCCAAAUUAUUUAGUGACUAUCAAUGAACUGAUUAUAAAAGUUAUAAUGGAGAGGCAUACAUUCCAGAAUAGCUAACACAUUAUUAAAGAAGAAAAAGAUAGACAGACAUUACCUGAUGUCAAGAUUCACUAUAAAGCCACUGUAAUUAAGACAGUGUGGUAUUGGUGAAAGAGUAGACAAAUGCAUCAAUGUAAUAGAAUAGAGAAUCCAGAAAUAGAUUCACAUAAAUAUAGUCAAAUGAUCUUUGACAAGAAAACAAACACAACACAAUGGAGAAAAGAGGAGACUUUUUAACAAAUGGUGCUGGAACAACUGGAUAACAACAUGCAAAAAAAAUGAGACUAGGCAAAGACCUCACACUCUUCACAAUAAUUAACCCCAAAUGGAUCAAAAACCUAAAUGUAAAUCAAACAACUAUAAAACUCCUAGAAUAUAACACAGGAAAAAAAUCUAGAUGAACUGAGUUUGGUGAUGACUUCUUAUAUCCAAUACCAAAGGCAUAAUCAAUGAAAAAAAUAACAAAUUGAACAUCAUUAAAAUUUAAAAUUUCUGCUUUGUAAAAAUCACUGUCAAGACAAUAAAAAAGCAAGACACAGACUGGAAGAAAGUAUUCACAAAAGAUAUAUUUGGUAAAGAAAAACAAACAAAAAACCUCUCAAGUAUUAUAUUUAUUAGUAAAAGUGCCACUAAGUACUGGAGUAAUCAGUUCUUUAGAUUUUAUGAAAGAGCAGGAAUGCUUUGGCCACUCAGAAAUAUCUUCAGCAAAAAACACCUGAAUUCAACAUGGUUCUAGAAUGACAUUUGAACUUGUGAGCUUCCUAGUCCAGGCUGAGGAUAUGACACAGCACUAUAGAAAUUCUCAUUCACAUACUAGAAGGGAAAAAGAAACGAGAUUAUGGUUUUAAUAUUUUAAUAGCUACCUUAGAUCUAGCAUGUUCUUAUCUGAAAAAAUUGGUCAACUCUGUACCCUAACUCACAGAAUCUAUGCCUGUUAAAUUCUGAUUGAGUUGAAAAAAUCCAGCAUUUAAAAGCCAUGCAUUCUAGAAUAUAAAAUUCAAAUGAUUUCAUUUUCUAUGAGUCUUAGAGCCUGUUUGGCUAUACAUCACAUGCAUAAUCUUUCAUUCCUAGAUGACAACAUUGUAUGUCGUAAUACACACACACCCUCAUUUUAAAGCUUCUUUACAUAUUCAUUCAACAAUAUAGUUAAGUCUGGGCUAAUUGGGUAUAUAGUUUUGCUGAUCUCAGUUAAAUUCAGAGAAUAUUUCCUGAAUUUUCUGCACACAUAGUAAUGAGAACAAAGGUCCAGAGAUAUUAAUUCUAGGAAAAGAGAUUCAAAUAGGGCUUUCGCUUGUGUGUUACUCCACUUUUCAACAGUUCACUGAGUAUAAGCCAAGGUGCAGCAAAAGACCACCGGGCACUUGACAAGGAAAGAGAAGAAAGGAGAAGGGAGGAGAAGUAACUAAACAAGAGAAGGAGUUAAUGCAUGGAGGAAAAGAAAAUAGUGCAGUGUGGAGGGCAAUAAGAUAGAUUUUUUUUUCAUAUGCUAAAGUUUCAUUCAUAAUUGUAUACACAAGUUUACAUCUACUGGGAGUUUAGAAAUGGGUUUGUUUAUUGGCAUACAUUCAUUCAAUAAAUAAAUUAUUGAGUAACUACUAUGUGCCAGGCAGUGUACUGGGUGCUGGAGAUAUACCAUAAACUAAAGAGAAAAAGAUGGUGCCCUUAAGAAACUUAUAUCCUGGGGAGUAGGGAUGGGAGAUGCGAUACAAAAUAAAUAGGGAAAUCAAAUAGUAGGUUAUAAAAGUGCUGUGGGCAAAAAAGGUAGAGCAGGAACAGUAAGGAGGAUUAGGGUGUCUAGGGGCCUAGGGUUAGAGAGAGAAGCAGGUUACAGUAUAAAUAAAGCAGUCAGGGCAGGAUUAAUUGAAAUGGUAAUAUUUUAGAAAAGAUUGUAGGAGAUGAAUUUAGCCAAUCAGCUUUCUGGGGGAGUGUUGCAGCAGAAGGAAGAGACAGCACAAAGGCUCUGUGGGGGAAGGGUAGGAGUUUAGUUUGGACAUGCUGAAUUGGCAUACUAUUGGACAUCCAAGUGGAGAUGGCAAGUCAGCAGUUGGAUGUAUGAGUCUGGAGUUUGGGAGCAAGGUCUGCACUAGAGAUAAGUAUUUGGGAGCAUUAGCAGAGAGAUGGAGGAUCAAAGCUCAAGCCUGGACGAAAUCACCGAGACAGUGAGGGUACCAAAAGAAGAGGACAAAGUCUGUUCUGAGAUGCUUAAAAAUUGAAAGUUUGGGGAGAAUUUGAAAAAAAAGUGAAGGAGAUUGAGGGGAGGUUUACUGAAGGAUGGAAGAAGAGCACAAUUACUCCCUCCAUUUUCAAAACUGGUUAACGUUGGUAAGUCUCAAAGAGUGCUUGCUCUACCUAAUAAAAGUCAUCUCCUCCCCUGUAGGAGGCAAUAGAAAUUAUGCAACACUGGCAAGAAAAAUAAUAAUAACCUUGGUCUCAAAACAUGUACCAAAGAUGGGGGUGCCAAGAUGGCUAAAUAGAAGCAGCUAGUGCAUGCUGCUGUCAUGGAGAGAAUGAAUGGGGCAUAAACACUAUCUCUUCAGCUGGAUCAUCCAGGUAGACACAUUGGGAUUAAUUGAGGAAGAAAAUGACCUAUGGAGAACAGGGAACAGCUAGACAGGAUAGCCACCCACAUGGGACUGACACAGAGCCAGGGCAGGAUCACCACCAAGGAAAACAGUGAGGGAGUGACAGCCCCCAUGGACUCACAUUUCUGCCACAGACCUUAGCAACCCUGGGCUCAGGAGAUCCCCACUGACACCCCCCAACCCAGGGCCUCCAGACUGACAAGAGAGCUGCAUGGGGUCUGGGCAGACCCAUAGCUCAGAUACAUGCAGAGACCCAGGGACCUUGGAUCUCUGGCAACAGUGGCUGUAGCUCCAGCAAUUGGGGAGGCCAGGCAACCUACAGAGUAGGAGAAAAUAUUUGCAAACUAUACAUCCAACAAAGGUCUAAUAUUCAGAACCUAUAAGGAACUCAAACAGAUCUGUAGGCAGAAAACAAAUAACACAAUGAAAAAUGGGCAAAGGACAUAAACAGACACUUCUCAAAAGAAGACAUACACACAGCAAACAAACAUGAAAAAAUGCUCAAUAUCACUAAUCAUUAGGGAAAAGCAAAUCAAAAUGAUAAGACACCAGUCAGAAUGACCAUUAUUAAAAAGUCAAAACAUAAUAGAUGCUGGAGAGGUUGCAGAGAAAAGAGAAUGCUUAUACACUGCUGGUGGGAAUGUAAAUUAGUUCAGCCAGUGUAGAAAACAGUUUAGGGAUUUCUCAAAGAAUGUAAAAUAGAACUACCAUUUGACCCAGCAAUUCUAUGAUUGGUUAUAUACCAAAAUGAAUAUAAAUUUUUCUUCCUUAAGACACAUGCAUGUGUAUGUUCAUUGCAGCACUAUUCACAAUAGCAAAGACAUGGAAUCCACCUAGAUAUUCAUCAAUAGUGGACUGGAGAAAGAAAAUGUGGUGACCGAGCAUGGUGGCUCAUGCGUGUAAUCCCAGCAUCUUGGGAGGCCAAGGCAGGUAGAUUGCUUAAACCCAGGAGUUUGAGAUCAGCCUGGGCAACAUGGUGAAACCCUGUCUCGAGAAAAAAAAAUUAGCCAGGCAAGAUGGCAUGUACCUGUAGAGGCUGAGGCAGGAGAGUGGCUUGAGCCCAAGAGGUUAAGGCUGACAUGAGCUGUGAUUGUACCUCUGUACUCCAGCCUGUGUGCCAGAGUAAGACCCUGUCUCAAGAAAAAAAAAAAAAAAAAAAGAGAGAGAGAGGGAAAUGUGGUACAUACACACCUUGGAAUAGUAUGCAGCUAUUAAAAAAAUGACAUCAUGGCCUUUGCAGCAAUAUGGAUGGAACUGGAGGUCAUAAUGCCAAGCAAAUUAAUGCAGGAACAGAAAACCAAAUAUCACAUGUUCUCAUUUAUAAGUGAGAGCUAAUCAUUGAGUAUGUAUGGAUGCAAAAAGGGAACAAUAGACACAGGGGCCUGGCUGAAGGUGGAGGGUUGGAGGAUUAACAACCUUCCUAUUGAGUAUUAGUCUGAUUAAUUGGGUGAGAAAACUAUCUGUACACCAAACUCCCAUGACACGCAACUUACCCAAUUAAUAAACCUGCAUAUGUACCCCUUGAUCCUAAAAGAAAACUUGGAAAGUGGAAAAAAAUGUACGAAGAGAAGACAUGUGUUAAGCAUAUGUAGAAAGUAAAGAAAGAAAUCUUUUAGUUUAAUGCUAGGAAAACUAUAAUGAGAGCUUUUUAUCUGAAAAGCCCAUUAAAAAUUUUCAUUAGGCAGUAAUCCAAUUUCUAACACUUUUAGUAACAGCAGUACUCUGUCAGCAGAUCUUCCCCACCUCCUCAACUCAAAUUUACACACUAAUCUCCUCUAGAAACACCCUGACAGAUACACCCAAAAUAAUGCUGUACCAGCUUUCUAGGUAUUCCUUAAUCAGUCCACAAGUCCACCCCUUCUCAACUUGGCACUCAUAUGUACCUCCUCAAAUCAUACUUAAUUUCCAAAUAAAGACAAUAGCAAGGAAAUAGUCCCACCUAACAUGAUGCAACUAAUAUGAACCAUCCUGCCUACAACCGAAAACACGUUAAUACAUUACCCAGAAUCUGGUUUUCAGGAUUUCAAUAUUUGGGACUUUAAUCUUUUGGAAUUUCGAUUUUUUGAAUUUUAGACUUUAGAAAUUUUAGGUUUUAGUGAUUUUAGACUUUAGAGAUUUUGAUCUUUAGAGAUGUUGAUCUUUCUGUAUUUCAACAUUCAGGAUUGUAGCAUUCAAGACUGUGUCGUUUGGAUUUAUGAUCAGCACCAGACUCUGGCACCUAAUUUUUCUUGAGUUCUCUGACUCUGGGAUGAUAAAAGGCAUCUGUCAUCAAAAGACUGUGUUAGAUUAACUAGAAAUGAAGGUUAACAACUUUUCUUAUGCCUGAUAGAAAUGCGCACAUAAAAUUAGUAGUAACUUGAUUUCAUCUAAUAGUAAAAAGUGGUUAAUAAUUCAUAACUACAUGUACUUUAAAUUAAAAAGACUGAGAUGUGCAUAAGUGCAAAUCCAGUUAUUUUAUUACUCUAAGUAUAAAAAACUUAGAUUAAUAAAGAUAUGACUAGAAUAAACUAGCAAAUGAAAAUUACUUAGAUUUACCAUUAUCCAAAAAAAAAUUAUCUCCUUUUUCUUGAUUUAUUACCCAAACUUUAAGAAGUCCACAGAUUUAUUCGAUAAACAGCUUUUUAUGGUUAUAAAACUAAAGGAGGUGGGAGCAAUUCUUGUACAUAGUUUUAGAAAUUUAUAGCAAAUAUAUCAACAUACUGAAGGCCUGUCCUUUGAUCCCAGUCAAAAUAAGCAUAUUUACUCUCUGCUGUGAAGAAUUCAUGACCUAACGUUCCUAGCUGGUUGAGUGUAAUUUGGAAGAAGGCUUAACAUAGAUCAGGAAAGCUGACCUCAUAAAACACAGUAAUGUCUUGUGGAAUUUAACUUAGGUUUAACAGUUACUCUAUGUAUAAAUGUUAUAGGAAUUCAUAGAACUUUGCAAUAAGCAAUUUCUAGAGGAAAAUGUAAAAUAAAUUAUAAAAAGAUGUUCUUCACUUGAUAUUACUACUAAAAAAAAUACUUGACCUGUCAGUCAAUACAGUCAAACAGUCAUGAAUGAUUAACACUUUCCGAGAGGUUCCCAGUGACUGUCAGUGAAUGAUAUCCUUGGUUGAUUUGAGUAGUUCUUCAUGUUUGUUAACAUUGAGAAGCUAAUAUUCAUAGCCAAAAGCACUGGGAAUGUUUUUUCAAAGUGUUUUUUGGCUUGCACUGUAGAUGGCUUUGCCUAGGAUGAUACUUCCCUUGUUAUUUGUCAAAAUGCAAAGAUAACUCUUUCAUAGAUAAUUGCCCUGUGUUUAUUUAUAUUGUAUGUUUCCAUGUUUGAUCACUAUUGAUGUGUUUGCUUGCUCUGAGUUGAUUUUCAUUCAGAUUUUUAA